AUGGAGGGACCAACUGACAAGCUACACUUUGAAACUGAAUCAAACUCUCUUGGACCCACGCUUGCAGAAGUGGGCAGACUGGCGCCCACUGAAGAACAUGCUGCUGAAAUGGAAGGACUAAGGUCCUUUUCACCAUCAGACACAAAACUAGACAGUCCACAUGCCACUGAAUCACCAGAAGCAGAAAUGGACUGUCCAUCCUCUGUUAAACCUCCAGCCACAGCAAUGGAUACUUUGGACACCUCUGAACUCUUAGUGUCAAAUGCAGACUAUCGUCGUUCAUCCAAAGCAUCGAUUGCAGACAUGGACUGUCUAAUCUGCUGCAAUAGGUACAAUAUUUACCGGGUACCCAAGCUCCUGGCUUGCCAGCAUGCCUUCUGUGCCGUAUGCCUCAAGCUCAUUGUUAGAAGCGAGGACAGCACCUGGAUAAUUACUUGCCCUCUGUGCCGAAAAGUCACUGUGGUAUUUGGAGGGCUUAUCUGCACCCUGCAUGAUAAAGAAGACAUUCUAAGUCAUUUGGAGAGCCCUGAUACGAACACUGAGAUGCAGCUCUCUCCCAAAGAGUUGGACAACACCAGUGGGACCCAGUCUAGCCAUGCCACUCUCCAUACUGAUGACCAUAUUGCUAGUAGCAACAGACUGGCUAUCCAGAGACUUGUGCUGCUUUUGCUGCUUGUGGUGAUCCUUAUUAUAAUCGUUCUUCCCUUUAUGUAUGCUGGACUGGUGAAAUGGGUCCUCUGCUUUGCACUUACUUUUGGGCUGAUCAUGUGUUUGAUACUUUGCUGUAACCCUAGCUUCAGCUGCAGCUGCAACGGAGAUUCACUCUCUUUGUGCCACAAGAAAGAGAGCCACAUCAUUUCUAUUGCCUGA